AUGCUGCUCCUUCUCUUGCUGCUCCUGCUGCCCUGCCCCUCACACCCCCAGAACAACUGUGAGGUCUCCGAGGUGGCCAGCCAGGUGGAAGUGAACUGUGAUCAGCGGAAGCUGAAGGCGCUGCCCCCAGGCCUGCCAGCAAACAUGACCAUCCUCCGGCUGGGGGAGAACCCCCUGGUCACCUUCUCCAUGGACGCCCUGGUGUCCUUCUCUCGCCUCGUUCAGCUCCACCUGCAUCAAAGCGAGCUGACCAGCUUGCAGGUGAAGGGGACGCUGCCCCUGCUGGACCAGCUGAUUCUCUCCCACAAUAAGCUCAAAACGCUGCCCCCGCUGGGGCCUGCGCUGCCUGUUCUCACCACGCUGGACGUCUCUUACAACCAGCUGGACUCGCUGUCUGCCGGAGCCCUGGACGGCCUGGGCCAACUCCAGGAGCUCUGCUUGCAAGGCAAUAAGCUGAAAGCUCUGCCCCAAGGGCUCCUGGCGUCCACGCGCCAGCUGCAGAAGCUCAAUCUGGCUGAGAACCAGCUGAAGGACCUGCCCCCCGGGCUCCUGGACGGGCUGGAGAGUCUCAGCACCCUCUACCUUUACCGGAACUGGCUGCACACCAUACCCAACGGCUUCUUUGGGGACCUCCCUCUGCCUUAUGUUUUCCUCCACGACAACCCCUGGAUGUGUAACUGUGAAAUCCUUUAUUUGCGUCACUGGCUGGAGGAAAGUGGCAACGUCUACCUGUGGAAGGCGGGUGUGGGUGUCGAGGGCAUGACCCGCGACCUGAACAGCGUGCGCUGUGGCAAUCUGCACGACACACCGGUCUACGCCUACCCGGGCAAGGGCUGCACUCCUAUCACCGUCGCAGACGACUAUGAUGAUUUCUACCCAGAGGAAAAGAAAUCUGCGGGUGACACGCUUCCUGCCAUGAGAGUAGUGACCAAGUUCUCUACCGACACCACCGAAGCCCACACAGACCAGGGGGUCCUCCUCCACUCACAGUCUCCGGCUGCUAUGUGGGGGCAAAUGUCCGCCUUGCCGCCCACCCAAGCGUCCACCAAGAAACAGGUCACGUUCACAGUGAGGCGGAUCUUCCACUCCACCACAGCCCCAGGCACUGAAGAACCCACCCCAUUCUCCACAGUUCCAACAUCCAUGGCUGACCCCACCCGAGCCCUGACCAUCCCUAAGCCCACAUCAGCCCCAACCACCCCUGAGCCCACCACAGCUCCCAAAACCCCUGAGCCCACCUCAGCCCCGACCACCCCUGAGCCUACCACAGCCCCCAACACCCCUGAGCCCACCACAGCUCCCAAAACCCCUGAGCCCACCUCAGCCCCGACCACCCCUGAGCCCACCACAGCUCCCAAAACCCCUGAGCCUACCUCAGCCCCGACCACCCCUGAGCCCACCUUAGCCCCCAACACCCCUGAGCCCACUUCAGCCCCGACCACCCCUGAACCCACCACAGCUCCCAAAACCCCUGAGCCCACCUCAGCCCCCAACACCCCUGAGCCCACCUCACCCCCGACCACCCCUGAACCCACCACAGCUCCCAAAACCCCUGAGCCCACCUCAGCCUCGACCAGCCCAGGGCCCACCUCACCCCCAACCACCCCUGAGCCCACCUCAGCCUCGACCACCCCUGAGCCCACCACCUUGGAGCCCACCACAGUCCUGAUGGCCUCGCUCCCUACUGGCUUAGAAUUCUCAGCUUUCCCAGUGGUCCGUGAGGUGUCUGAAGGGAAUUUCGAAAGCUCCAGAAGUGACCCUUUUCUCAACUCUGACUUCUGCUGUCUCCUAUCCCUGGGCUUCUACAUCUUGGGUCUCCUCUGGCUCCUGCUUGCCUCUCUGGUCCUUAUCCUGCUGCUGACCUGGGUCUGGCACGGGAAACCACAGGCCCUGGACGCUGGCCAGGCUGCUGCUCCAGCCACAGCCACACAAGUCACUCAUCUGGAGCUGCAGAGGGGAAGGCAAGUGACCGUGCCCCGAGCUUGGCUGCUCUUCCUUCAAGGCUCACUCCCCACUUUCCGUUCCAGCCUCUUCCUGUGGAUACGGCCUAAUGGCCGCGUGGGGCCCUUGGUAGCAGGCCGACGGCCCUCAGCCCGGAGUCAGGGGCGUGGUGAGGACCUGCUGGGCACGGUGGGCAUCAGGUAUGCUGGCCACAGUCUCUGA